GCGCAGCUUUUUCACAUGUAUAUAAAGUAAGCGUGCGCCGCUGAACAAGUCAGUCCCAACUUGGAUCUCGUUAUUGGCUAAACAAACUUUUUGUGUUAAUUCUCCUCUAUUGGACCGUUCAAACCGACAGCUCAACAAUGCGCUUGUUUGUACUACCUUGUCUCGCCUUGUGCGUGGCAAUUGCCCAUUGUGCGCCGGCAGCCGAGAAGGCAGCCGAUGCCGCUGCUGCUGAAACCGAGAAGGAUGCAGUUGAGGCAAAGGAUGAUAGCAAAAACGUCGAGAAACGUGGUCUUCAUCUAGGCGAUUAUGGACAUCAUCAUCAUCACGAGCACAUUAAGACUAUCACAAUUGAGAAGAAAGUGCCAGUGCCCUACACCGUUACCAAACACGUACCAUACACUGUCGAAAAGAAGGUACCAUAUGAAGUGAAAGUGCCUGUGCCCGAACCAUACUAUGUCGAGAAGAAGGUGCCCGUGCAUGUUAAGGAAUACGUGAAAGUACCAGUGCAUGUACCAAAACCAUACAUUGUGGAAAAGAAAGUACCUUAUGAAGUUAAAGUGCCAGUCGACAAGCCCUACGAAGUCAAAGUGUCCGUGCCACAACCCUACGAAGUCAUCAAGAAGAUCCCCUAUGAAGUGAAAGUGCCCGUACCACAACCCUACGAAGUCAUCAAGAAGAUUCCUUAUGAAGUGAAAGUUGAGGUACCUGUGCCAAAACCAUACGAGGUGAUCAAGAAGGUGCCCUAUGAGGUCAAAGUGCCCGUAGAGAAACCAUACCCCGUCGAAGUAGAGAAACCAUAUCCCGUUGAAGUUGAAAAACCAUAUCCAGUCAUUGUGGAAAAGAAGGUACCAUAUGAAGUCAAAGUACCAGUUGACAAACCAUACAAAGUCGAAGUUGAGAAACCUUAUCCAGUACAUGUAAAGGUGCCCGUGCCACAGCCGUACACUGUGGAGAAGAAGGUACCAUACACUGUUGAGAAGCCAGUACCAUAUGAAGUUAAAGUGCCCAUUGAGAAACCAUAUCCAGUUUACUCAGAGGUCAAGGUACCCGUGCACAAAGAGAUUCCCAUCCCAGAAAAAUACCACGUUGAAGUGCCAGUCUUCCACAAGGAAGAACACCAUGACUACCAUGGCUAUCAUCACCACGAAUAAAUCGCAAACAAGCAUUAUUCUUAUAGCGUGUUGACGAACUGAUGACGAAGAAGGCUGAGUAGUACUAGAAUGACAUUGUAUAAAACCCAAGCGAACUAGAUGAAGACCACGGAUUAUAAAAAUGUUAAUUGGAACACAGAUGUAAUAAAAAUGAAAUCGACGAAAUUUUGAGAAUUGCCACCACAGAUCGCGAAUACAAGUAAAAACAAGUAGGAAGAACCGAACCGAAGGAGAGGAUGCAGGAAGAAAACCAGAAAAAUCAAACAAGCAACCAAGCAAUUAGUUAAAUAACAAACACUCCCAAUAAGUCCAUCCGAAGGUAAUCACAAAUGUACGCACGCAUUCAUGUUGAGCUGAACGGGAGUAACACCAAAACAACAACAACAACAAUACUGAAGAGGA